AUGACCAAAGACCUCCCACAAGGAAGGGCGGUGGCUCAAGUUCCUUGUGUGCUCGUUGAACACCCCUUGCAGGUGCUGAAGAGAGUCCUGGAGUCCGAGCGCGCGGCCCUGGUGUCCAUCCGCGGCAUGGCGGUUACGCAGCUGCUGCGACUGAAGGCUGAAGAGGGACUUCUCAGGUACAUGCUGCGUGAAGCGGAGGGGCGCCCAACAACACCGGGCACCGAUUCCAGUUGCAGCGAUGAUGAGGAGUCUUGUCCGUGCUCUUCAUCGUUUGAUGGCAGUGGUACCUGCGGCUCUGAUACCCCACGAACAGAAGGCAUUGGGGAGCACCAGGCAGCAACAGUGGCAGCGGGCAAUGGGCAUGUGGGAGCCAGCUCAAGGGGAAAAGAAAGGAAUCCAGGAAAGGGGCAAAAGAGGGGAAGGGAAGGCCUGGAGAGCGUGGCCCCUCUCUGCGAGAAGAGGCAGCAUGCGGACCCUAGUGCUUUAGAUGCGUGUCAGAGGCCAGGAGACAGGAUAUCUGAUGGAGGCAGGGCAUCUGAUGGAGGCAGCGGUACUGCAGGCAACUGCAAUGAAAGGCAAGUCACGAGUGGAGAUAGAAAGCUGAGAAGUGUGUGCGAUGCUUCUGGGAAGGGCGCUUUGGCACAAUUGGGAACUGGUGGAUUGGAUCGUAUUGCACCAGGCGCGCCCACCCAGAAGAUGCCUGCAUCUUGCACAUCUGCGCAGGUCAAUCCCGGGCGGACUGAAGGGCUCAUGAGCGCGAGUGAGCGUUUCCGGGAGGACGACAGGGUGCUUCAAGAGGUGGAGGGCCUCCUGCAUGGCAUGAGCGCAGUUGCCAAGGAUUAG